GGGAGUGGUGAGAAUGAGUGUGGGAAGGAAGCCAGAAGAGCGAGCACAGUCCUCCGUCCUGGCCGCCAAGCGCGCUGGCUCUGGCGGGGCACCCCAGCCCGGGCUUUUGAUGCUGGGCUUUAAGUUCCGUCCAUCUUUGCUGAUUGGGCUGCCUGGCGUUCCCACAUCUGGAUACUGCAGACCCAGAGGAGGUAAAUUACCAGACACCAGCGCACCCCGUGGGGACCGAAGAAGAUCAACAGUUCCAGAGCCGCGGAAAGCGCUGUUGGAUGUCCGCGGAGAGAUGGCUUUGAGCUCAGCCUGGUGCCCAGUCCUGUCUCUGUGGCUCCUCUGGGGUGUUGCCUGUUCUAGCGCGGCGUCCGGGGACGACAACGCCUUUCCUUUUGACAUCGAAGGGAGCUCAGUGGUCGGCAGGCCUGAGACGAGUGAACCCCGCCUGGCUCCGGGACUCCUGCCUCCUGCUGCCAAGAAAUGUGACCCUGGAUUCUUUCGCGCCCUGUCAGGAGAAUGCUUGCCCUGUGACUGUAACGGUAAUUCCAAUGAAUGCUCAGACAGCUCUGGAUUCUGUGUGCACUGCCAGAGGAAUACAACAGGGGAGCACUGAAAAUGUCUGGAUGGUUAUAUUGGAGAUUCCAUCAGGGGAGCACCCCACUUCUGCCAGCCAUGCCCCUGUCCCUUGCCCCACAAUUCUAGUUUUGCAGAAUCCUGCUAUAGGAAAAAUGGAGCUGUGCGGUGCAUUUGUAAAGAAAACUAUGCUGGACCUAACUGUGAAAGAUGUGCUCCUGGUUACUAUGGAAACCCCUUGCUCAUUGGAAGCACCUAAAAAUGUGACUGCAGUGGAAAUUCAGACCCCAACUUGAUCUUUGAAGAUUGUGAUGAAGUCACUGGCCAAUGUAGGAAUUGCUUACGAAACACCACAGGAUUCAAGUGUGAACGCUGUGCUCCUGGAUACUACGGGGACGCCAGGACAGCCAAGACUUGUACAAUGUGCAAUUGUGGAGGAGGCCCAUGUAACAGUGUGACCGGAGAAUGCUUAGAAGAAGGUUUGAAUCCUACAGGCAUGGACUGCCCAACCAUAAGCUGUGAUAAGUGGAUCUGGGAUCUGACUGACGACCUGCGGUUGGCAGCGCUGUCCAUUGAAGAAAGCAAAUCCGGGCUGCUGAGCGUGUCAUCGGGUGCCGCAGCGCACAGGCACGUGAAUGAAAUGAACUCCACCAUCUACCUCCUCAAAACAAAAUUGUCAGAAAGAGAAAACCAGUAUGUCCUAAGAAAGAUACAAAUCAACAAUGCUGAGAACACAAUGAAAAGCCUUCUGUCUGACAUAGAGGAAUUAGUUGAAAAGGGAAGUCGAGCCUCCAGAAAGGGACAACUGGUUGAGAAGGAAAGCACAGAUUCCAUUGACCAUGCAACUCAGCUUGCAGAGCAAGCCCACGAGAUGAGGGAUAAAAUCCAAGAGAUCAACAACAAGAUGCUCUACUACGGGGAGGAGCAGGACCUGGGACCCAGAGAAGUCUCUGAGAAGCUGGUGCUGGCCCAGAAGAUGCUUGAGGAGAUUCGACACCGUCCACCAUUCCUUACCCAGCGAGAGCUCGUGGAUGAGGAGGCGGAUGAGGCCCACGAAUUGCUGAGCCAGGCUGAGAACUGGCAGCGACUGCAUAAUGACACUCGCGCUCUGUUUCCUGUUGUCCUGGAGCAGCUGGAUGACUACAACGCCAAAUUAUCAGACCUCCGGGAAUCACUUGACCAGGCCCUCAACCAUGUCAGGGAUGCCGAAGACAUGAACAGGGCCAUGGCAGCCAAGCAGCGAGACCACAAGAGACAACAUGAACGAGUGAGAGAACAAAUGGAAGUGGUGAACACUUCUCUGAGCGCAUCUGCAGACUCUCUGAUGACACCUCGUCUGACUCUUGUGGAACUUGAUGAUAUAAUAAAGAAUGCCUCAGGAAUUUAUGCAGAAAUAGAUGGAGCCAAAAACGAACUCCAAGGAAAACUAUCUAACCUAAGUAACCUCAGUCAUGACUUAGUCCAAGAAGCUAUUGACCAUGCACAGAACCUUCAACAAGAAGCUGAUGAAUUGAGCAGGAAUUUGCACAGUUCAGAUAUGAAUGGGCUGGUGCAGAAGGCUUUGGAUGCAUCAAAUGUCUAUGAAAAUAUUGCCAAUUACGUUCAUGAAGCCAAUGAAACAGCUGAAUUCGCUUUGAACAUCACUGACCGAAUUUACGAUGCUGUAAGUGGGAUUGAUACUCAAAUCAUUUACCAUAAAGAUGAAAGUGACAACCUUCUCAAUCAAGCGAGAGAACUGCAAGCAAAGGCAGAUUCUAGCAAUGAGGAGGCCGUAGUUGACACCAGUAGGCGUGUAGGCGGGGCCAUAGCCAGGAAAAGUGCUCUUAAAAACAGAUUAAAUGAUGCAAUCAAGCGACUACAAGCAGCAGAGAGAGGUGAUGCUCAACAGCGCCUGGGUCAGUCCAAGCUGAUUGUGGAGGAAGCCAACAAGACGAUCAUGGAGGUCCAACAGGCCACCACCCCAAUGGCUAACAAUCUCACCAGCUGGUCACAGAAUCUUCAGAAUUUUGACUCUUCUGCUUAUAACACCGUGGUGGACUCUGCUAGAGAUGCAGUAAGAAAUCUGACAGAGGUUGUUCCUCAGCUCCUGGAUCAGCUUCGUACAGUUGAGCAGAAGCGGCCUGCAAGCAAUGUUUCUGCCAGCAUCCAGAGGAUCCGAGAGCUCAUUGCUCAGACCAGGAGUGUUGCCAGCAAGAUUCAAGUCUCCAUGAUGUUUGAUGGCCAAUCAGCUGUGGAAGUGCACCCCAAAACCAGUGUGGAUGACUUAAAGGCCUUCACAUCCCUAAGCCUGUACAUGAAACCUCCUAUGAAGCAGCCGGAACUACCUGGAACCACAGAUCAGUUUAUCCUGUAUCUCGGAAGCAAAAAUGCCAAAAAAGAGUACAUGGGUCUUGCAAUAAAAAAUGAUAACCUGGUAUAUGUUUACAACUUGGGAGCUAAGGAUGUGGAGAUUCCCCUUGACUCCAAGCCUGUCAGUUCCUGGCCUUCUUACUUCAGCAUUGUCAAGAUAGAAAGGGUAGGGAAACAUGGAAAGGUGUUUUUGACAGUCCCAAGUCUGAGUAGCACAGCAGAGGAAAAGUUUAUUAAAAAGGGGGAGUUCACAGGAGAGGACUCCCUGCUGGAUCUGGACCCUGAGGACACUGUCUUUUAUGUUGGUGGGGUGCCUUCAAACUUCAAGCUUCCAGCCAGCUUAAAUCUUCCUGGCUUCAUGGGCUGCCUGGAGUUGGCCACUUUGAAUAAUGAUGUGAUCAGCUUGUACAACUUUAAGCACAUUUAUAAUAUGGAUCCCUCCAAAUCAGUGCCCUGUGCCAGAGAUAAACUGGCCUUCACUCAGAGUCGGGCUGCCAGUUACUUCUUUGAUGGCUCUAGUUAUGCAGUGGUGAGGGACAUCACAAGGAGAGGGAAGUUUGGUCAGGUGACUCGCUUUGACAUAGAAGUUCGAACACCAGCUGACAAUGGCCUUGUGCUCCUGAUGGUCAAUGGAAGUAUGUUUUUCAGUUUGGAAAUGCUCAAUGGCUACCUACAUGUGUUCUAUGACUUUGGAUUCAGCACUGGUCCCGUGCAUCUUGAAGAUACAUUGAAGAAAGCCCAAAUUAAUGAUGCAAAAUACCAUGAGAUCUCAAUCAUUUACCACAAUGACAAGAAAAUGAUUUUGGUAGUUGAUAGACGGCAUGUCAAGAGCAUGGACAAUGAAAAGAUGAAAAUACCCUUUACAGAUAUAUUCAUUGGAGGGGCUCCCCCAGAAAUCUUACAAUCCAGGACCCUAAGGGCACACCUUCCCCUAGAUAUCAACUUCAGAGGAUGUAUGAAGGGUUUCCAGUUCCAAAAGAAAGAUUUCAAUUUACUAGAGCAGACAGAAACCCUAGGAGUUGGUUAUGGAUGCCCAGAAGACUCUCUUAUAUCCCGUAGAGCAUAUUUCAAUGGACAGAGUUUCAUUGCUUCAGUUCAGAAAAUAUCUUUCUUUGAUGGCUUUGAAGGAGGUUUUAAUUUCCGAACAUUACAACCAAAUGGAUUACUGUUCUAUUAUGCUUCAGGGUCUGAUGUGUUUUCCAUUUCACUGGAUAAUGGUACUGUCACCAUGAAUGUCAAGGGCAUCAAAGUUCAGUCAGCAGAUAAGCAGUACAAUGAUGGGCUGUCCCACUUCAUCAUAACCUCUGUCUCACCCACAAGAUACGAACUGGUAGUAGAUAAGAACAGACUUGGGAAUAAGAAUCCUACCAAAGGGAAAGCAGAACACAUUCAAGCAACUGAAAAGAAGUUUUACUUCGGUGGCUCUCCCAUCAGUCCCCAGUAUGCUAACUUCACUGGCUGUAUAAGUAAUGCCUACUUUACCAGGUUGGAUAGAGAUGUGGAGGUCGAGGAUUUCCAGCGGUAUUCUGAAAAGGUCCACACUUCUCUUUAUGAGUGUCCCAUUGAGUCUUCACCAUUGUUUCUAUUUCACAAAAAAGGAAAAAAUUCCUCAAAGCCUAAAGCAAGCCAGAAUAAAAAGGGAGAGAAAAGUAAAGAUGCACCUUCAUGGGAUCCUGCUGGCCUGAAGUUCCCAGAGCAGAAUAUUCCUAGAGACUCUCUUUGUCACCUUUCCAACAGCCCUAGAGCAAUAGAGCAUGCCUAUCAAUAUGGAGGGACAGCCAACAGCCGCCAAGAGUUUGAACACUUACAAGGAGAUUUUGGUGAAAAAUCUCAGUUUUCCAUAAGUCUGAAAACUCGUUCCUCCCAUGGUAUGAUUUUCUACGUCUCCGAUCAAGAAGAAAAUGACUUCAUGACCUUAUUCUUGGCCCAUGGUCGCUUGGUUUUCAUGUUUAAUGUUGGCCACAAGAAACUGAAGAUUAGAAGCCAGGAGAAAUACAAUGAUGGAUCAUGGCAUGAUGUAAUUUUUGUUCGGGAAAAGAGCAGUGGUCGACUGAUCAUUGAUGGUCUUCGAGUCCUAGAAGAAAGUCUUCCUCCUUCUGGAGCUGCCUGGAAAAUCAAGGGUCCCAUAUAUUUGGGAGGAGUGGCUCCAGGAAGGGCUGUGAAAAAUGUCCAGAUUAACUCAGUCUACAGUUUCAGUGGCUGUCUCAGCAAUCUCCAGCUCAAUGGGGCCUCCAUCAUCUCUGCUUCUCAGACAUUUAGUGUGACCCCUUGUUUUGAAGGUCCAAUGGAAACAGGAACUUAUUUUUCAACAGAAGGAGGAUAUGUGGUUCUAGAUGAGUCUUUUAAUAUUGGAUUAAAAUUUGAAAUUGCAUUUGAAGUUCGUCCCAGAAGCAACUCUGGAACGCUUGUCCAUGGCCACAGUGUCAAUGGGGAGUACCUAAAUGUUCACAUGAAAAAUGGGCAGGUCAUAGUGAAAGUCAACAAUGGCAUCAGAGACUUUUCUACCUCAGUAACACCCAAGCAGAGCCUCUGUGAUGGCAGAUGGCACAGAAUAACAGUUAUUAGAGAUUCAAAUGUGGUUCAACUGGAUGUUGACUCUGAAGUGAACCAUGUGGUUGGACCCCUGAAUCCAAAACCAGUUGAUCACAGGGAGCCUGUGUUUGUUGGAGGUGUUCCAGAGUCACUACUGACACCACGGUUGGCCCCUGGAAAACCCUUCACAGGCUGCAUCCGCCACUUUGUGAUCGAUGGGCGCCCAGUGAGCUUCAGUAAAGCAGCCCUGGUCAGCGGUGCUGUGAGCAUCAACUCUUGUCCAGCAGCCUGACACAACUGGGCACAGUUCCCCAGCAUACAGAGUUCUUUAGAGCACUGAAAUAAACAAAGCCAGCCAAGAGGAUCAGCAACUUUUCCUCCUAGUGGAAGUUCUCAUCUAGUUGAAUGGGAUUAAAUGAAUCAUCAGAGACUGGAGGUUUCUUACUUCUCAUUCGGACUCUUACUUUGGAUCCCAAAUGUCUACAGUGGACAACAAUUGUAUGGGUGAUAAACUUACUUGUAUUGAGGGCACACAUAAUUCCUGCUGGUGAAGUGACUGUUCCUGUCUCUAAUAAAAGGGAUUCUAAAUAAACACUGGCACACAUUUUUAAAGUGCAGCUAUAUUCUCAGAUUCAUCAUUUUUUCAGGAAAAAUAACUUUCAAUCUAUACCAAAAUAUCUUUGUCCCAAGCUACCUUUUUAUUUUUAAAAGCUUUAAUGAUUUAUAUAUAAUCUAAAAUGAGAUGAUAGAUUUGCCUUUCUCCCUUUUACUUGACCUAUCAACAUAAGAAUAUUUUAGUUUUAUAGCUGCAAAAUGGCAGAAUAAUUUUUUCUAAAUAAGAAUAAAGGAAUUUAAUGGCUAAUUACCCCCCCAAAAAAUGGCUAAUUCCCUAAAAGAAAAAUAAAAUUGUACAUGAAGGAAGUCUUCUGUAGGAUAUUAUUACUAUUAUUUUGUGUUGGCAUCACCAAGGACAGCAGAGAUGACAAAAAUUGUAAAAUUCACCUCAAAACCAUAAAAGUCCUUUUAUUAAAGUUUUUCUUUCACAUGCCUGCAACACAACCAGUCUUAUUUCUAAAAUUUUAUAAUCUUUUUUCUAAGCAUCUUUGUUAAUAAAGUCUAGAAAAGAAAAACAGAUUGAAUAACUGCUGGAAUAUUAAAUUACAGAAACUGGAAUAAAAGAAUUACAUGUGAAAGGAAAAACAACUCUAAAGACAGAAUGAGAGAAGACAGGCCCCACAAAUCAGUAAGAUAAGAAAAAAUUAUUAUUGAGGAAAAUUGAUAUAAAAUAUUUUGAGGAAUUACCAAAUGGAACGAAACAAUCUCCAAGCUUGAAAGGAAUACAUUCAUACUUGUGUGCACACACACACACACACCUAUUUAUAUUGCUCCACUACUUUUCAAUCUCAGGUACAUAAAGAUAACUGACAAUAUUGAUGAAAAUAGCUAAUAUCUGUUUGGAGAGGACUUGCUGUCAGCUACCAUGAUAAGCUAAACUAAACCUCAUUGUUUCAUGUGUUCAUCACAUUAAUCCUGCAUGAGACAACAUUUGCAGCUCAGGUCCCCUGUCCACUGGCAUUCAGCUAGACCUAGCAUGCAGGAUUCAAAACAAGUCUGCCUGCCUCCAGUAGCAGUGUAAGUGCAAGAGGAAGGAAGAAUGCUUCCCUGUCUGCCUUCAGGCUGACCAGAAACUGGCCUCUAAAGCUGAGGUCACAGAAACAAAUGCCAGCAGAGCCAGGUACCACAAAGGAGUGAAGCUGAUGGAGGAAAAAAUCAUAAGGGCAUACGUUGUGGCUCAUCAGCAGGUGGUUAAAUUUCACCAUAAAAGAAUACAUGUCCUGAAGGGCCAGAAUUUCCAAAAGAAAGUGGAAAUGUGAAAGUUGGGCGGUUUGAAAUAGCCUGAUUAUUCAAUUGAUAAAUGAAAGAACAGCAACCACGAAGAGGAAAUACAUGCAGAUUAAACAAAACCUCCUGAGAGACAUUUGUGUCUUUUGUCCUGAAGACUUGAAUCAAAGAGUCUGGAGCAGUAACUGAACCAGUACUUAAAAAACUGAAUUCUUGGGCUGCAUUUAUGGCUCAGUGGUGGAGCACUUGCCUAGCAUAUGUGAGGCACUGGGUUUGAUCCUCGGUACCACAUAAAAAUAAAUUUUAAAAAUGUAUUGUGUCCAUCUACAACUAUUAAAAAAAAAAAUUUAAACUGAACUCUAUUUCCUCCAUCAGACCUAAGCAGUCAGAUAUAGUUCUGAAAAAAAUCUACCAUUUUUUUUUCCAAAAGAUUUUCCUGAGUCAUCCUAGAGGAAUACUGUAUCCCCUCAUUCUCAGCAGUGACACAAAAGAAACUAAACCAGCCAAGUUGCAGACCUUGUCAGGACCUCCAACAGGCAUGCACAGACUCACAAACACAUGGACCAAAACCAUGAAAACUCUUCUACCUACUCUACAAUUUAAAAGUCAACUUGUCAGAGUUAGUCUUUCACACUUAUUCUCACAAAUGAGAUCAUCUCUUGACCCAUAUACCUCUUAAAAACUACAGAGCGACCUUCUAAAACUGAACUUACCAUUUAAAAGUGCUAGAAUCAGUUCUUAUAUGAGACCACAUCCUUCCAGUUUCUAAGGUGAAAGAAACUUUUUUUUUCCUUUUAGUUAAGCAUAGCAUAUCAGUACUUCACACAGAAAAAAUAUAGGUUAAGUGCUCAUAGUAAUUUCGACCAAUUGUUCAUAGCUCCUGACAGUUCAGUACCUCUUCAAAAAGAAGAGGUCUUACGAUACCCCGGCUUGAAGAAUAUUUGUGCCUGUGCUCCCCGCUCCUCCUUUCAUGACCACAACUCCCUGGACAAGAAGGGAAUCAUCCUGUGGCUUCCCAGUAAAGCAACAUUCCACUGCCUGUAUGAAAAGAUGAACAUGAACAAUAGGAUAUUUUCUCUUGAAAUUUUCACUUGGAAAACAAAAGAAAAAUCAGGUUCUUAGCAAGAAAAGCUGAAGCCAAAGGAUCCUAUCUGAAAAUAUGGUUUUAAAUGCUUACCAUAUACAUUUAUAGACACAUACUUAAAAAAAAAUAAAAGGAAAAACUUGGCAUUUUCCAUUCUCUGGGCCAGAAUAAUAUAUCCACCUGCCCUUUGUCCAAAAAUAACCAUAUCAGUUCUCAACCCAGAAUUUAUAAGAAAGUACCUCAAAGGACAGUGAAAUGUAUUUCUUCCAGGUUCCCUAUUUCCUUGCAUUUAACAGGGAUGUUCAAGGGACAAGUUAGAUCCUUGCUUGAGAUGUUUAUUUUUUUCUAAUGAGAGAAUUUAAUGCCUUAAUUCUAAGUACUAUUUUAGCUACAACCCAAGCAUUUUGAUACAUUAUGUUUAUUUUCUUUCAAUUCAAAGUACUUUGUAAUCUCCUCCUGUCUUUUCCUCUUUUAUUCAUGGGUUAUUUGCAAACAUACCAUUUGAUAUUCCAAUAUUUGGAGAUUCUCCAGGAAUUUUUGUUGUUGGUUUCUAAUUUAAUUCUACUAUAGCACAUAUUUUGAAUACUCCACAUAAACUCUUAAUACCUCUCAAUCUCUCAAAACUGUUUUGUGGCCCACAAUAUGUUCUACAAAGUAAAUUUUCCAUGUGAAAUUGAAAAUAUUAUGCAAUAUUCUGUUACUAGGUGAAAUGUUCUUUAUUGACUGAAUCACAUCUCUAUCCUUACUGAUUUCAUUUUCUUGUUCUGCCAAUUGAAAACUCCUAUUAUAAAUGUGGAGUUAUUUUAAUUGCAUCUGUUUUUGCUUCAUGAGGUUUGAAGCUCUGCAUAAAUGUUCAAAAUUGCUAUAUACUCUUGUUGUCUGACUCCUUUAUCAGUAUGGAUUAUCCUUCUUUAUCCUACUAAAAUUCCUUGCUAUGAAAUAUUCUGGCCUAUUAUUAAUAGCAGCUACUCCAACUUUCUUUUGACUAAUGUUCAUGGGGCAAACUUUUUUAUUCUUUUAUAUUUUUAAUUUAUCUGGGUCUUAGUAUUUUAAAGUGGGUUCAUGUAGACAACUUCUAGUUUCAUCCUCUUUUGUAGCCAAUCUGACAAAUUCAGUCUUGUAAUUGAAGUUUAGAACUUCUGUGAUAAAUGCAAAAUAUU